GACGCAGAGAGGUUCGAAAUAACCACAGGAACAAUCGGGGAAUCGAACCCAGAACGCACGAGUCACCAACAGGACCUGAUCACUGCAAGUGCCUCUCUCCUAAUUGAUAUACGCCGCAGAAAUCUUCAGAACACAAUCGAGCACCCUAUCGCUAUAAUCCUCGUAGCCGUCGACAAAUCCUCCUCUCCACCGUAGAAAGAAGAGAGAACCCACUGCUGACGGCACCAGACCCGUUGCCAAAAACCGAGGAAUUAUAAGCGUGACACGUCUGCCAACCAUAUUUGGAACCGUUCGGAACCUCCUGUGCACGACACGUUGGGAACUCAAUCACGGACGUGUACAAGAUUCAGAACUGAUUUCGACAUCUCCGAACUCAAAUCCAGUCUCGAAGUAUUUCCUCAAGUGAAGAGUACCUAACUGAGGAAAUCCGCCAACAUGAACGGGAGUGGAAGUUCACCCGAGAUUCAUCGUGCUUCGAACAGAACGCUGUCCGAUGGGAUCGAUGGAUCAGAUGCUCAUCCGCCCAAGAAAUACUACCGAGAACCUAUGCAUCGGAUAUUCGUAAACAGAUCUCUUCACCUAGAUAAAAUUAAGUUUUUCGGGUUCGAUAUGGACUACACAUUGGCUCAAUACAAGAGUCCGGAGUACGAGGUGCUCCAGUUCACUAUGCUUGUGGAUCAAUUGCUCAAGAUGGGCUAUCCCAAUGAACUCAGGCAGUUCCAGUACGAUCCAACGUUUGCCAUCAGGGGCCUAUGGUUUGACACCCUGCAUGGAAAUCUGCUCAAAGUCGAUCCCUACGGGAAUAUUCUAGUCUGCUGUCACGGCUUCAAAUUCCUGAAAACAUCGGAGAUCUACGAGCUAUACCCGAACAAGUUCAUCAAACUUGAGGAAUCGAGGGUUUUUGUGCUGAACACCAUGUUCAAUCUUCCAGAGACUUACCUCCUGGCCUCUCUGGUGCAUUACUUCACCACGACACAGGGCUACACAACAACGAAGACGGGAGUGAACAUGGGCACUCUGUGUAUGUCAUUCAAAACGAUUUUCCGGGACCUGCGUUGCGCCAUGGACAUGAUGCAUGAUUCGCUGCGGCCAGCAACCAAAGCCUGCUGUGAAAAAGGAGUAAAAUCUCAAUGGAACAUCCUCAAGAACGAGACGGUGGACAACCUGGAAAAAUACGUGGAACGUGACGAGCGUCUCCCAUUGCUGUUGGAUCGCAUGAAGGCUCACAACAAGACAAUCUUCCUUCUGACGAACUCUGAUUUCGCUUAUACCGAGAAGAUCAUGAGUUUCCUGUUCGACUUCCCGUCGUGCAAGGACUGGAAAAGCUAUUUCGACUACAUCGUCGUCGACGCCCGCAAACCACUGUUCUUCGGAGAAGGGACUAUCUUGCGUCAAGUCAAUACGGAGACUGGUGGUCUCCGCAUAGGAAAUCACAUCGGCCCCCUCCAAGCGGGCCAAGUCUAUUCUGGCGGGAGCUGUGACGUCUUCAAUGAGUUUCUCAGGGCCAAGGGCAAGGACGUGCUGUACGUAGGAGAUCACAUCUACGGCGAUAUACUGAAAUCCAAGAAGACCAGAGGCUGGCGUACGUUCCUUCUCAUUCCGGAACUCGUGCAUGAGCUCAAUGUUUCGAUGACGCAAUGGGUGCUUUUCGAAAAACUGCAGGAGCUCGACGUCGAGCUCGGGAACGUCUAUCGCAACUUGGACUCCAGCUCAACUGUUUGCCCGGACAUCACUAAUAUUCAAGACAAAAUAAGGGAAACCUCGCACAAUCUUGACAUGUGCUACGGAAUCUUUGGAUCUCUUUUCCGAUCGGGUUCGAGACAAACGUUCUUCGCCGACCAAAUCUGCCGCUACGCAGACAUCUACGGUUAUACUUUCCUCAACCUGCUGUACUACCCGUUCACUUACAUGUUCCGAUCGCCGGCGAUGCUUAUGCCUCACGAGUCCACUGUGGAAUACGACGAGUCGUACGAGGUCACACCGUUGCACCUCGCGUUGACUCGAAAGGUAUCGGUGCCAGUCAGCUCGACCAACAAAGUGCCUCAAACACCGACGCAAGUAACCCAUCAUCACGACAUGGACGACGAUGAUGAAGAGAAUGGGAAACAAUAAUUUCUCUUUCGCACUCGGAGGUCUAGAAACUUCCCGAUUCCGUUUACUCCUUCGAAUAUUCGGGGGAGUUUUCGUGUUCUAGGCCUGAGCGAGUCGCUUACGUCGUUCUGUCGAGAAGCACUUCCCGGGCCUCGUGAAUGGAGCGAUUUGCGAAUUUCAAUCAUCAUCUUGAUAAUGGCGGUUCUUGGGAAAGAGGGGCGGGGUAAGGGGACUGGAGACGGAAUGGGAUCUUUGCGAAGAGGAACUUUCAGUUGUCUAAGGAGAUUGAUUCAUGUGAGAGAGCUGGGAUGAUAUGACUGCAGGAUAUGUCGCCGGAUGAUAUCGCUGUAGAGUAAUAUAUUUUGAGGAGCUUCCAUCCUACAAAGAUUGUUGUGCAUCUUUGAGUGUACGUUCAUCGAGGAACGUCUCACAUUUUUGUAUCGACCUUGGCAUGCAACGAUUUGGUUGGAAUAAAAGAGAGAGAAACAACAUUUUGUUCAAAUUUUA